UGGCGAGAUGGCGCAUCAGAGAUGGCGAGGAGUACGCCGACGAGAUGUCAGAAAUCAUUGUUGAUGACAAAUAUUCCCGGGAAUUGUUUGAUUGACUUCUAUGGAUCUGUCUGUCCGUUUCUUUGAGUGUAAUUCUCUCUAUUUCGAUAAAGUAAUGCAGGAAGCACGCGCCCUGUGGGCGUGGUUGAGAAGGACAUCAAUUCCGGGCACUAUGACGCCUCCUCUUUCGUUGACGCUGAUAUUGCACUUUCUAAGCCUUUUAAGUAACCUGUCUCUUGAUGACUGUCGUGUCAGCUCAGUCGUAAAUGCACACGAUAGGAAAUAUGGGGGGGGUCCUGCAUAACUACUGAAUUACUGAUAGUGCAUGUCACCCACAGUGACCCGCCUCUAUUAACGUUGUGUGAUCGACAUGCCAGUGAAAAGGG